UGCCCGCUUCCUGGAAGGCAGAAGUGGCAGCACAGCACCACUCCCAGCUACAGACACCAUCUGGCCCAUCAAGUCCCUGACUUCGGCCCUGCUCACUCCUCAGCCGGGCAGCGCUCCCCGCUGGUAGGAUCCCCCACACCGCUGAGACCAACGCACGGUUCGCCCCGGUGCCUCCCGUGCUGUCCUGCUGGGGUCAAGGCUUCGGUGCCUUCCGCGCUUCCCUGCCGGGGCCAGGCUCCCGCGGGGCUGCAUUUGGGGCAGGCCCCGGCCGUCACUUCUCCCACGCCGGCGGAAUCGCCCCACACGCGCCCCCGGAGCCCCUGCGCGGGCAGCCCUGUAGCGGCGGGAAGGGGUCACGUGGCGGCGCUAGGACCCGGUCGCCCCCACUCCGGUGUGGGAGGGGCGAGCAGUCACAGACCUGCCGCGCCGGAGCGCUCACCAGCCGGUGGGGCGCAGACGGGCUGGGGCGGGUCUAACCGAGCGCAGGGGGAAAGCGGGCAGCGGUCUGGCGUGAGCACGGGCAUCCUCACGCCGAGGCGCGGGACCUGACUCAGGGAACACUCUUGAUCUUCGUGAUGGGAGCUGUAGUAGCUGAUGAUGGCCCAACUGGUGUUAAAGCCCCUGAUGGAGGCUGGGGCUGGGCGGUCCUUUUUGGCUGUUUCAUCAUCACAGGCUUCUCCUAUGCCUUUCCCAAGGCAGUUAGUGUCUUCUUUAAAGAACUUAUCCGGGAAUUUGGCAUUGGCUACAGUGACACUGCAUGGAUUUCCUCCAUUCUCUUGGCCAUGCUUUAUGGAACAGGUCCACUCUGCAGUGUAUGUGUCAAUCGCUUUGGCUGCCGCCCUGUCAUGCUUGUGGGUGGCCUUUUCGCUUCGAUGGGGAUGGUGAUAGCUUCCUUCUGCACGAGCAUCGUUCAGAUCUAUCUAACUGCAGGUGUGAUUACAGGUUUGGGUCUGGCACUGAACUUUCAGCCUUCACUCAUCAUGUUGAAUCGUUACUUUGACAAACGCCGGCCCUUAGCCAAUGGGCUGUCUGCUGCUGGAAGCCCUGUGUUUCUUUGUGCUCUCUCACCGCUGGGACAGAUACUGCAACAUGAGUAUGGCUGGAGAGGAGGAUUCCUUAUAUUGGGUGGGAUGCUGCUCAACUGCUGUGUAUGUGGAGCAUUAAUGAGACCUUUGGAGCCACCCAAAAAGUCUGAAGCUACCAAAGAACCAAGUGAGAAGAAAGCGAAGAAAAAACUCCUGGAUUUCAGUGUGUUCAAAGAUGGUGGUUUUGUAAUCUACACGCUAGCAGCAUCUAUCAUGGUGCUUGGCCUCUUUGUUCCCCCAGUUUUUGUAGUGAGUUAUGCCAAGGAUUUAAAGUAUCAAGACACCAAAGCAGCUUUUCUUCUGACUAUUCUGGGAUUCAUUGACAUAUUUGCUCGGCCUAUUUGUGGAAUGGUAGCUGGUCUUAAAUGGGUUAGACCACGCUGUGUCUACCUCUUCAGUUUUGCUAUGAUUUUCAAUGGCUUUACAGAUCUCAUGGGUUCUAUGUCUGUUGAUUAUGCUGGCCUGGUGGUCUUUUGCAUUUUCUUUGGCAUUUCUUACGGAAUGGUAGGUGCUCUUCAGUUUGAAGUUCUCAUGGCUAUUGUUGGAACUCAGAAGUUUUCCAGUGCUAUCGGUCUGGUGCUCCUGGCAGAAGCUAUGGCUGUUCUAAUUGGUCCACCAUCAGCAGGCAAACUCCUGGAUGCUACAGGGAGGUACAUGUUUGUUUUCAUUAUUGCUGGAAUAGAAGUUACCACCUCUGCACUCGUAUUGGCCUUGGGAAAUUUCUUCUGCAUUAAGAAAAAACCCGAAGAACCACAGACAAAAGAAGAAGCAGCAGAACGAGAGGAAUUAAACAAAUCUGAAGACAAAACUCCUGAAGAUGCCAAGGUGGACUCCAUUGAAGUGGAGCAGUUUCUGAAAGAUGAGCCUGAAAAAAACGGCGAAGUUGUAACUAACCCAGAAACCUGUGUGUGAGCAUGGGAGGAACCCAACCAAGUGUUUAGAAAAGAAAGAUUUUCAACACUAUUUAUUUUAGAAAUAGAACUAGUCUAGGGCUGGGCCAUCUGAUUUAUUAACUGGAAGCCAGUCAGCUCAUCAGGUCUCUGGCAGCUGAUUAGCUCGACUACCUUUUAUCGGAAAAAUUAGCUUUAUCAGUAAAAGGUGGAGCAUUGUGGUUAUACUUUUUAUGUAAACUAAAAAGCUUUUAUAAACACAAGUAAAGUGUUGCUAUGCAUCACCAGAAACUGCUCACUUGAAGAGAUAUAGGGAGAAUAUAUUUUAAGCAAAGUGGAAUUCUAUGUAUGCUUUCAGGCAAUAUUGGUGAAAUCACUGUGUUGUGUGGCUAAAUAUAAUUUCCCUUUCUGUGUUCUUUGUGAAGGGGAAAGAGUUUGAGAGGGAGAAAAAUCUCAGGAACUUAAAGGUCUCCAUUAGGCUUUUGAACUUCUUACUUUUUUUAGAUUUUUAGAUUAACUGGCUCAGCCCUAAUUUCAUUUUGAUAAUAUCUGUUACUCUAUGUAAAUGUAUUUCUGAGUUUUGUCUAAACCUGUAAUCUUUGUAAUUAUCAUCUAGAGAUGCUGUAUGUGGGAUGGCACAUUACAGAUACUGUCCUCAGCAGGUCACACAAAGGGGAUUCUGAAGUAGUGCUAAAGGAAAAGAAAACAAGCGGAAUCAAUCCUGACAGACUGUAAGCAAAGUUCACCUGCUUACAUGCAUGGAUUUCAUUGCAGUUCCCUGCACCAGUGAAAAACUACUGCAAAUACCACAGAGAAGAUGGAUUUUAGGUUUAGUACAAUCUUCUGAGUGUCCACUCUGUAUAUAAACUAAACAGUUUCAAGUUUCCUGAUGACUUACAGAGUGGGUAGGCCCAGGGAAGGGACUGGACUAUUUUGUAACAUUUUGGCCAGCUUUAAAAUGCAAUGUUGGCAAACAUAGGAAGGUCUCAACAUGUUGAUUUUAUUUAUUUGAUUUUUUAAAACUUCAUCCCACUUCCCUGUCCUUUUGCUCAAUUUGUGGAUGUGCAAGUAGCCAUUCUUGUUGUCUGAGGAAAACCCAUGGAACUAUUGGUCAUAUUUACCACAGCAAUGCUUAAGGACAAUCAAGAAUGGGCUUGGCUCUGCUACUCAUUGCACAAACAGAACAGGGAGUCUCUUGGCCAGUCUUGGAAUCUUCUCUGACAUUGGUAUGGGGGAACGAGAAGAAACAGAAACACAUCAGACAAGCAGUGACAGCACAUUUGAAGAAAUGCAGGAAGGGAAAGGAUUCAUUGUGAGGACACUGAAUAGAAAAGGAAGAUAAAAAGAAGACAUGCUCUAUAUUCUUUUUUUUCCCACCCAAACACAUUCAAGAAAUGUGAUCUGUUCAAAAUCACGCAACCACCCACUAUAAAGUUACUGCAACCCACCUUUCAGCUCUGGUUAUAAAAAAGCUCUCCAGGCUUUGUGGUGACUGCAGUAACAAUCUUCAAAACAGACUAAUUGUUACAGAUUCAGUUUUCCUGUUGGUAGCAAUGGAAUAUUGGCUUUUAGGUGCCAAAAUUGUUCCACUUAAUCACUGAAAACUAAAAAGACCCUGAUCCCUUCAAACCCUGUGCCCCUCUGAAAAAUAACAUCCUUCGUUAUUUAACACUCACCCAUUUUAACAGAAACACGCAGCAAAGCCAACAAAGUGCCAAAACCAUGAAUCAUUCCCUAAUGGAACUAUCUCAGAUACCAUCUUCCAUCCUGGUACUUUCUUCAAAAUGGUUUUGCAUUGUUAGGACAACCUUGCAUGGAAAUAAAAAAGCUAGGAUCACUAUGGGCUUUUUGAGUGAUUUUAAAAAGAAAUGGAUGCUACACCGAAUAAACUCGUUAUUUUUAUAUUGCAUCUAGUGCAUUACUUUAAAACCUUCUAUUAAUGCAACAGCAGGAAUUGUGCUGGCAUGUCCUAGUGGGAAGAACUCAAGUCACCAAACUUAGCUUCGGUUUGCUAAAGACUAAAUCAGUACUUGGAACAAAACACUGCUAGCUUCAGAAGGUCAUUUGAAAGGGCGAGAGGAAAAUGGAAUCCACAGAUCAAUUUAUAUCCCUAGAGGAUGCUUCAGAUGGUAUAUGCAUGCCUGAUGGAGCUUUCAGAUAGGACUUCCCUGUUGAGCUUCAAAAAGCAAACCCAGAAACCUCCCCAAAGGUGAAUUU